CUCGCACCAGUGUUUACAGUGAAAGAGAACUGUGGCAAGAAUAAUCAAACAUCAAACGAUUUAUGCCCGUCGCAUCUGUAUUCGGAAAAUUAUGAAGUCGACAUUUCUGUGACACAAUCAUUUGAAUGGAGUCCUCACGGAGUCCCGGGGGUCUCUCCCGCGAGUACAAGCUGGUGAUGCUGGGAGAGGGAGGAGUAGGAAAGAGUGCUAUCAUCAUGCAGUUUAUCAGCCACAGGUUUCCAGAGGAUCAUGACCCCACCAUAGAGGAUGCAUACAAAACUCAAAUACGCAUCGAUGAUGAGCCUGCCAACCUGGACAUCUUAGAUACAGCUGGACAGGCCGAGUUCACGGCGAUGCGGGACCAGUACAUGCGUGCGGGCGAGGGCUUCAUCAUCUCCUACUCCAUCACCGACCGCCGCAGCUUCCAGGAGGCGCGCCACUUCAAGCAGCUCAUCUACCGCGUGCGGCGCACCGUCGACACACCUGUCGUGCUCGUCGGCAACAAGUCCGACCUGGCACACCUCCGACAGGUGUCAAUAGAGGAGGGCCGAGAGCUGGCGCGCGAGUUCCAGUGUCCGUUCUUCGAGACGUCGGCGGCGUUCCGCUACUACAUCGACGACGUGUUCCUGGCACUGGUGCGGCAGAUCCGGCAGCGCGAGGCGGAGGUCGUGCGGGACGGCGAGCGCAAGACCCGCCGCAGCCACUCCUUCUGGAGCCGCCUCAAGUCGCCCUUCCACAAGAAGCAGCAGUCCGAGCACUGACCGACCCCCCUCCCUCCCUCCCGCCCGCCCGCGCCGCAGGGCAUGAUGGGAUACCGCUGCCCUCCACAGGGGGAUGGCUUUGCCAUCGUUUCUUGUUGUUUUAAGCCCCCAGCGUUGUCGUCAUGGCAGCACUACCUGGAAGGCACUAGGGUUAGGAAUUAGGUGCCUUUAAGUCGACAGUGGCAACGCUGCCUGGACGGCGACGUUGGGGGCUUAAAACACCAUCAGUGUCCCCCAGGAUCUCCAUAUUAACGCCUCCUUUGAGAGGAGGCCCGUGACUCUUUCCUAAUGUAGUAUAGAACUCCUUGUGAUAACACACUCCCAAUCAUUUCAUUCUUGAUUAGCUGUCAGCCUGUUUGACAGGCGUUAAUAUGACGUGGCAGAUACUUUGCCAUGCUAGCUAUAGGCUGACGACAUACUGAUUUGAUAGUUAGUGAUGAUUUCGUUGAAUUGAAAUGGGUUGUCAUUUCUUUGUGAAUUUCUUGACUAAGUCCUUUUGUUAGAAACUGUUGGGACGAAACGAGAUGGGAGAUAUGCUGUAACCUCAUGUCUAAUAGGGAUGUGGAAGUGCUGACUCUGAAGGAAUACACAGGAAGAGGGACAGAGUAAGAGAAACAAUUUCUUUAAUGAUGAAGGAAGAAAAUGAAUAUAGAAGGCAAGAGAAAGUAAAGAGUAAGUGAAAGAAGGACAAAAAGAAAGAAAAUGGGGAUCAUGAAAGACUUGAUUUAAGAAUCUUGUGAUGGCAAACCAGAGAUUAGUCUGGAUCUUCUCUGUGGCGCCAUUGGCUGGGCUAACAGCCAGGCUACACCAACUGAAGCGCCUCGUUCGCUGAGCGUAAAAAUAGUUUCAGAAGCCUGAUCAAAUAUUUUUGAAUGUACGUGCCGCUAUCACGUCUGGUGUAGCCAGUUCCAUAGAUUACAGUGGAAGCUAAUACUGUAGUUGCAUCAUAAUGGUCCGCGAAUGGAUGGCUUCAGUUACGUGCCUGGUAUGGUAUGGUAUGGGGUAACCUGCCUGGAGGACUUAAAGGCUACUGGAAUACUGGGGGUGGGCAGGCUAUUCACCUUUUAAAUAUGGAGUCCUUGAUUAUACUUUUUGUCAAAUUCUGCCUUUUUUUUGUCAAAUUCAAGGAUAUGAACUUAAAAAGUAAACGAUUUAAAGGUGCCAUGUGGAGGAUUUGGGGUGAUCUCUUAUAAUGGUAUAUAUAAGCUCUGGAAAAAAUUAAGAGACCACUGCACAUUUUCUGAUGUGAUCCUACGAGUGACAUUCAAAUUAGUUGACACUUGACAGUCAUGUUCAAAUUUCCAGUGGUCUCUUUAUUUUUUUCCCAGCGCUGUAUAUGCAUGUUUGUGUGUCUGUAAUGAUGGGGAAUUACAAACCAUGUUUUCGUUAGAACCAUGUUUUUGUCAGCCCUCAUACCUAUAUAAGGAAUGGGUCUUUUCCACUGGGUCUGCUAUGUUAUGCCAUGUUUGUACAGAACAGCCAAACCAUAGCAUUGGCUCAAGGGAGGGCCUUUCACAUUUUCAUAGCACUUGAUGGCCGUUGAAGGCUAUCCUUCGCACUUAGGAUAGGGUGGGGUAUUCAGUCGGUUGCAUUCAGCACCCUCGCCACUAGGCGCCGCUAAAUCCUACACAGUGCACCUUUAAACAAGUCACAGACUUGGAAGAUGCAGCUCUAGGCAGAUCAGGGCCAAGGUAAUUCAGACGCAGGUAAUAGAGGGAUAUAUGUAGGAAGGAGAGAGUAGACUUCAGAGUCAAUUACCAUUGUGUACUCUUGUUAUCCGAUCAGUGUAACUUAGGCUGGACCAGAGGGAGAACUUGAUGUGCACUCAGUGUUUUGUCAGUGUACGGGAUGAUCACUUGAGGUCAACACUUGCUGGACAGUCCCAGUAAUGUACUGUACCACUCCACAAUGUUUGCGUGAAUGUGAUCCUGUAGUUUUUGUUUUUGUUUUGGUUUGUUUCUUUAUCUACUUGUAUUCCUGUUAGUGUACCUGCUGAGCGCUUAUGACAGACGUGUAUGAAACAGUCUGGUCGUACUAUGUGACAAUAGAUGAAAGGUUAUCUAUAUCCCGACUUUGAUGUUAAAUGUGUGAUUUUUACUUUUUUUUUUAUCAUGAUAGUGAUUAUAUCCCUAAUUUAUUUUCAUUUUAACACUCAAAUAAAAUGAACUCAUGUUUUCCAGAA